AUGAAUGUGUAUGCCAACAAGAGUGUACUUAUUGAUAACUGGUAUGAAGAUAAAUGUGGCACAUCCCAGUCAAAAAAUGAAGGUAAUUGGGAGUCAACUUAUCAAAAAGAUUAUCGCGAACGUGUUUUACCUAUCCGAGAUAACAGAGCUAUGAGGAAUAUAAGAGAAAGAGCGUUGGGGUUGCCAAUUAAUUUAUUCCGUGAGCAUGGUAUCCACAAUGCCUACAAUAAAAACAUGAGUUCCUUAUACGAUGUAAAUUGCAUGGUUGCUUACAAUCCACCAUUGUACAGGCGUUACAAUUCAAGGUCUGGACUCUGGAAACCCGAACAAAAUUUCACAGUUAAUUAUGGACCGGGGCGAAAUGAAUUGUCGAAAAAAAAACAGUCAACUUGGAACAGUAUCAUUAAGGAAUUCGUACCUAGUACAGAAUAUCAGUGUAGUUAUACAAAAAAAUAG